GUGGUCAGCGACGACCCGAUGAAGGCAGUGCUGGAAGGUGAGCGCAGCAUCUGUAGGUGCGAGGUGGGCGAGCAGUGCGGGCUGCUGGUGGAGGUCCCGCUGGCGGUCUACGUGUACCAGCAGACGGUCGACGAGGUGGAGCAGAUCGACUUCGUCUACGUCGCUGGGCACAAGGCCGACGUGCCGGACGACGCCAAGACGUUUGCGGGGGCCUCGGAGCCGCGCGGUGGACGGCGCAGUCGUCGCAGGGUAUCGUCAUCAUGGCGAGUGCUGAAGGUGCACAAGAAGUUCCAGUGCCCCGUGCCGCUGGAAUGGGAUGUCUACCGCGGCGGGCGCAAGUACAUCCCCAGAUGGGACGACGUUCGGUCUGGCCCAGAGUUCACCGACGUCAAGUGA